AUGGGUCUCGAGGGUACAAACGAAAUCGAUAUCGAAUGGAGUAAAUGUGAACAAACUGAUUCAGAUGUAAUUAAUCUUAGCUCUAUUGUUUUCCCGAGAAACAAAGGUGGUCUGGUUGUUUCAGAUAAGAAGAAACACUAUUUGAAUGGCACUUAUACCAUGAAUACAUUCACUUGGUCUCAUCAAGGUGUGAAAACUGAAUACUAUCACGGGCGCACAACUGAUGAUCAAAACAAGUUCUUCGAAUGGGAAACUCCUCAUCAUUUUGCCGAUUCUUGUCCGAGAACUCCUGUACCUAUAGACAUGAAUGUUUGA